CCCCUGUCACACACUCGCCCUACCCUGUAGGCUACAGAACACCUGUGAAGCUACACCAACUCCAGCAUAGACCCAUUGACGUGUGAGGCUCAGAGCCCACCUGGAGUGUGUUCUACUGGAUAGACCUGAAACACAGGGGAGGGAGGUGCUGGGAUUGUCCUGGGUUGGUCGUACACACACACAGGAGGGGUGUUCUUUCCUUCACCAGUCACUGCCACAAGGAUCCAUGGUCUCUCUGAGGAGGGGAACUGUCUGCACUCAUGGAGAAACAAGGAGGGAAUGGAUGUAAACGUCAAGUCGUGGUCGAGAGCCCUGUACGACCACUGCGGUCUCUGGUGCGGCCGUGUUUCAUCUUCCUCCUCUUCCUGUCCACGGUCAUCGUGAUCAUCCUCUUAGGUUUUCCUGACAGAUUCUCCCAGACAGAUUGGUGGAAAAACCUAUCACUGUACACAUACUACCAUAGAUGGACCAACCCCGACCGCCACCGUGGACCAUCCCCAACCACCAUUCCCCCAACCACAGUACCAGCCCCACCCUCAGCCACCAUACGUCCGCUACCAACCAAUCACUACCACUUUGGCUACCCUCGUAACUACCACUUCAUCGUAGACGAACCGGACAAGUGUAAUGCCCAGACCCCGUUCCUGGUGCUGAUAGUCCCCGUGGCGCCCGGUAACCUGGCCGCCAGGGACGCCAUCCGCAGGACGUGGGGUAAUGAGACCCUGGUGCAGGGGAAGAAGGUACAGACGCUAUUCAUGCUAGGACUUCCUGGAGGACUAGGUGCCCAGGAGCUGCAGGAGAAGGUGAACCAGGAGAGCCAAGUGCAUCAUGAUCUACUCCAGAGCAACUUCCUGGACUCUUACCUCAACCUCACCAUUAAGACCAUGGUGAUUAUGGACUGGCUGGCCACCCACUGCACCAAUGCCACCUACGCCAUGAAGAUCGACUCAGACAUGUUCCUCAACGUAGAGAACCUGAUGACUAUGUUGCUGAGACCGGACGUCCCCAAGGUGAACUACCUGACAGGGAUGCUGAUGUGGGAUCGCCCGGUCAUCCGGAACCCCAACUCCAAAUGGUAUGUUCCGGUGGAGAUGUUAGCCGACAACCGAUACCCGACCUACACACUUGGUAUGGGAUACGUGUUCUCCAACGACCUGCCGGAGAGGUUCGUGGCGGUAUCCAAGGACAUCAAGCUUUUUAAUAUAGAAGACGCCUAUGUUGGCGCCUGUAUGAAGAAACUGGGCCUCUCGCCCACAAACUCACCAGAUCCUUGGCAAUGGAAGGCCUAUCUCGGCAAGUACAAUCGCUGUGAAUUUUCCAAAGUCAUCACCUAUAUUUUGAGCCGCCCGUCCCAGAUAGUGGACUACUGGAUGGACCUGAAGAAGACACCUGGUUCACCCUGUCCCUAGACACUGAUCUAGUGUCCAUUUGGUAUUUUUCAUCCUAAUGGUCGAGUCUAAGUCUUUAGGUAGCCAAACAGAUAUAUAUACCUGUAUAUAUCGAUGAAAAAAACACAGCUGUAGCUCUGCCACCUUCCGCCUCAGAUGUGGAAGGCUGACAUCGGCGCAUGUGGUGGAUUGAGAUGCAGCCCAUGCAAUAAAACAGAUAUCUCUAGCUUAAACAGACCGUUUCUGAUGGGAAUUUUUAUGUUACGCUUAUUCAAUUUCCGCGUGGACAUUGACUCUGGUACUAGUACUAAGUUUCACGGACUCUAUCAGUGUCCGAGGGGCAGGUAGCUGAGUGGCUAGUGUUGUGCCAGUAACUGAAAGGUUGCUAGUUCAAAUCCCCUAACAGACAAGGUGAAAAAUAUCUGUCGAUGUGCCCUUGAGCAAUGCACUUAACCCUAAUUUCUUCAAUGUUGAUAAUGACUGACCUUGGCUGUAACCCCAUUCUUGGGGGGAGUUGAGAUAUGCAAAAAAAAAAGAAAAAUCAAAGGUGUAUAAAACAGACUUUUAGAUGUGUGAACCAGGACAAAUAUAAGCACCUACCUUGUUAGGACUCAAUUACCCAUAAUGACAUUGGGUAGGGUGGGAAAUAAAGAUGGGUGGUGGUGGGGCUGGUCGGGAUGAUGAAGUUAGGUCAUUGAGUAGUUCUGAACUUGUAAUGACUGUCGGAAUGGGAUAUCUGACUUUCAAAGUCUUCAUUUACAAUGGUGGAACAUACUUUGCAAAGGGAUCUUUUGUGAUUUUGUGAUCCCGAAUCUCAGGAAUCCAAACAAAUCCAGACAGAUAGGAGGAUGGGAUCAGCAUCUGUCUAGUCUCUUGUGAUAGAUUAACACUUUCACAGGCCAAAACUCACACAAGAUGUGUCUCUGUUCACAUAAGAUUUGUCUCUGUUCACACAAGAUUUGUCUCUGUUCACACAAGAUUUGUCUCUGUUCACACAAGAUUUGUCUCUGUUCACACAAGAUUUGUCUCUGUUCACACAAGAUUUGUCUCUGUUCACACAAGAUUUGUCUCUGUUCACACAAGAUUAGUCUCUGUUCACACAAGAUUUGUCUCUGUUCACACAAUAUUUGUCUCUGUUCACACAAGAUUUGUCUCUGUUCACACAAGAUUUGUCUCUGUUCACACAAGAUUUGUCUCUGCCCACACGAUAUUUGUCUCUGUGUUACAUGAUCAUCUGUCUGCCAAAUUCCAUUGUGUUGUGACACCAUUCGGGAGACGGUGUUCUAGAAACCAGUUGGGUAACCUGUAAGAAACACUGGUGAGAACCAAAAGCCAUCCAUUAUUAAUGAUUCAGUCUCUAACUCUCAAAAACAAUUGAAAGGAAGAUUAUUUUGUACAUAAAAAAAAUAGUUUUGUCAAGAAGUAUUUGCCUAGUGAAUUAACAGUAGCCCGUAGGCCUAGACCUUGCCCAAACCAAGUAGACCGAUAUAACAGUAUCAAAUAUUUAACAGCAUAAUAUAUUUAUUUUACUGGGUGAGUUCUUUUUCAAUUCAGCGACAUCUACAUGAAUAAUUAAGUUACAUAUAUUGUUCAACAAAGCCUCUUUUUAUAUCGGCAUCAGUAUAUUAAGUCACACAUUAUGUUACACAAAGCUUCUCUCAUCCUGUUUGCUUAGCAUGACACUGUUCAAAUGCUGUUUGACUUCUAUGUACGUAUUGCACAAUUCAUUUAUUUGCAGAACAGUUGACUAAAACCUGGACAAGAAUAAGGUGUGUUCCAUUGUCAACGAAAGGAGUUCUGUUCUCUUCCAUUGUCAACGAAAGGAGUUCUGUUCUGUUCUCAACUUCCACAAUGAAAGGAGUUCUGUUCUGUUGUCAACUUCCACAAUGAAAAGAGUUAUGUUCUGUUGUCAACUUCCACAAUGAAAGGAGUUCUGUUCUGUUCUCAACUUCCACAAUGAAAGGAGUUCUGUUCUGUUGUCAACUUCCACAAUGAAAGGAGGAGUCCAUCAUUAUUCUCAAUGUCUGAUGACUGGUGUAACAAAAUAAGAUGAUAUGAGUAAUGACAUUAGGAAGGUAAUGCAGAAGGCUGCAGCCCUGGAAAGCUAUGAAUCACAGGAGGCUUGUGAGGGGAGGAUGGCUCAUAAUAAUGGCUGGAAUGAAGGGAAUUGUAUCAACCACAUGGGAAAAAUGAGUUUGAUACCAUUCCAUUUAUUCCGUUCCAGCCAUAUGAGCCUGUCCUCCCCAAUUCAGGUGCAACCAGCCACCUGUGCUAUGAAUAUGAUGUGGCAUGUGUGUCUAUGUUCUUUGUUAAGGACAUCAUCGUUGUGACAAUAUGAACAAUGAUGAUAUUGAGAUUAUUUAUGUUAUGAAAAGCACAAUAAAAGUUCAAUAAAUGAUUUGUAUUAUUUACGAUCAUAAUCAUUGACAUGGUGAAUGCAUUGCAGUUGACAACAGGGAUCUUUAAAAAAAAGAGAGACAGGGUUUAACUGUCAGAGAUUUGUCUCGUCGAAAUGUUGACAAUAAAGGCUACUUAAUACUCUGUU